AUGGUGGGUGGAUUGUGUGGGGUGUUGGGGGUGAGGGUUGGGUGGGGUGGGUUGGGGUUUAGGGGUGUGGUGGGGGUGGGUGGGUUGGGGUGGGGGUGUGGGGGGUGGUGGUUUGAGGGGUUGUGUUUUGUAUGGGGUUGUGGUGUUGGGAGGGGGGAUGGGGGGUUGGGGGGUAGGGGGGGGGUGGGUUGGUGUGGUGGGGUUGGGUGGGGGGGGGGGAUGGGGGGUGGGGGGGGGUGGGUGGGGGGUGUUGUGGGUUUUUGGUUGUUGGGGGGUGUUGGUUGUGGUGGGGGGGGUGUUGGGGGGUGUUUGUGGUGUAUUGAUGGGUGGGUGGGUGUGGGUGUGGGGGUUGGGGUUUUGGGAUGGGGGGUUGUUUUAUGGGGGGGGGGGGGGGGGGUGGGGGGGGGUGGUGUGAGGGGGGGGGGGGGGGGGGUGGGGGGGUUUUGUGAGGUUGGUGGGGGGGGGGGGUGGGGGGUGGGGGGUUGGGUUGGGGGGGUGUGGGGGGGGGUUUUGGGGGGGUGUGUGUGGGGUGGGUUUAUGGGUGGUGGGGGUGGGUGGAUUGAGGGGGUUGGGGGGGGGUGGGGUUUUGGAGGUGGGUGGGUGUGGGGGUGUGUGUUUGGUGGGGGUUGGGGGGGGGGGGGGUGUUGUUGGUUUGUUGGGGUGUGGUAG